AUGCGGCGUCUUGCCCUGGCGGCACUUGUUGCUUGCGUCUUUGUGACCCUUGUGGGCUUGGUUUUGGCUAGGAGGGCUUGCUACUUUAGCCAGGAGCCUGAUGCGAGUCAGUCAGGCCGUCUCCGCUGGGUUAUGCCGGGGAGUAAAAAAGAUCGUUGCGCCUGUACCAGUAUCAGACCAGGGCCCGUUAACAUGCAGGCAGUCCGUUGGUCUCACCCACCGUUCUACACCGACACUCCAAUCUUUACCAACGACCCGGAGGACAUUCAUGAUUACUUCAACUGUCAUGAUAUUUUGGAGUGCUCUGAGGUACGACCCUUAGGGAUGGAAGAUGGACGCAUCCGAAAUGCAAGCAUCACUGUGUCGUCAAUGUGGAAUGACUGGGCCAAUUUCGGACCCACCAGGGCUCGGCUUAACCUUGAAACCAAGAGCGGGUCCGCAGCCUGGUGUGAUGCUGGAUCUAGUGACGCCAAUUCGUGGAUCCAAGUCGAACUCGGUUCCAAUGUCAUCAUCACUGGCGUUAUCACCCAGGGGCGCGGGGAUUAUAACUAUGGUAACUUGGACCGAUGGGUGACAGAGUUCAAAGUGGCCUUCAGCGAUGAUGGCGUAGAUUGGACUGACGUCACUAAUGAUGGAUCGCGUUCACCAAUGAAGAUUGGACUCCUUGGGACGGAAGAUGGUCGCAUCCCAGAUGCAAGCAUCACCGCUUCCUCGUUUUGGGACAAGAACCUCAAUUAUGCAGCCCACAAGUUCCCUGGAAACUCGGACAAAAACACCCACGUGACCACCACUUUCCCGAAGGCUUUCCAGGCCAGGUUCCUGCGUAUCCUGUCUACUCAGUGGAGCAUAUACUGCAGCAUGCGCUUUGAGGUCCUCGGCUGCAGAAGUCACGAAUAA